AUUUGGCGGGUGAUUGUCGAUUUUUGCUGAUGUUGUCAAUUAUUAGUUGUUUUUAUGCUUGUUUUGCAAUAAAGAUUCACCAGACUGGAUCAAAAGCCGUCUCCAAAUAAAACGAAUACGUAUUCAAGAUGAGUAUGGACCUGACAUGUGGUGCGAUUGAGCAACUUAUGACUGGCCAUGAUGUUACUUCACCGAUUUUGCAGAUUGUUGGCCAGAGGAAGAUCCCUGGAGGACCAUCGGACAGAUACAGGCUGGUGCUCUCAGAUGGCGUCAACUUUCAAUCAUCUGCCAUGCUGGCCACUCAUCUCAAUCAUCUCAUCGAGAAUGGAGAAUUGGACAAUUACGCAGUGAUCAAAUUAGAGAAAUUUUUGUGCAACACUAUUCAAAAUGAAAAAGCGGGAGGUCAAAGACGUGUGGUGAUUUUGCAAGAUAUAGCAAUUCUUGCACGUGGUUGUGAUGUUGGUGAUAAAAUCGGCAAUCCCGUAGCGUUCAAAUCAGGUCAGCCGAGUGUCGUCCCCGAGCAAAAACCUGAUCUAACAAAACCUGAUUUUGCAAGUAAUCGGGAUCCAGCCCCGAAGCCUGCACCCCCUGCGAACAUGAAUAGAGGUGGUAACUUCUAUGGCAACAAUGCGUUACAGAAAAGUCCUCAGACUCCAGGUGGGACUUCAAUGCGAGUCCACCCUAUUGACAGUCUUACACCAUAUCAAAAUAGAUGGCAAAUCAGGGCCCGCGUCAGUCAAAAAUCUGGAAUCAGGACAUGGAGCAAUUCGCGUGGUGAGGGACGGUUGUUCUCAGUCAACUUCGUUGAUGAGAGUGGGGAAAUCCGGGCAACUGGUUUCAAUGAUGCUGUUGAUAAGUUUUAUGAACUGCUUGAGGUUGGCAAGAUUUAUUAUGUGAGCAAAGGAACCCUGAAAACUGCCAAUAAACAGUACUCGUCUGUUAACAAUGACUACGAGAUGACGUUCAACAAUGAGACGACUAUUGUACCAUCAGACGACGAUGGAUCUUUACCGACUGUCAAAUUUGACUUUUGUCCCAUCCAGAAUCUCGGAAAUGUUGCUGCUAAUACGACAGUGGAUGUGAUCGGUGUUGUUAAACAAGCAGGGGACGCAACGACGAUUACAUCAAGGUCAACAAAUAAAGAAUUCACAAAGAGGGAUCUGACAAUAGUGGAUCAGUCAAAGGUUGCUGUCUCCCUCACAUUAUGGGGUUCUGAUGCUGAGAAAUUUGAUGCAACUGGUUGUCCUGUCCUCGCUGUAAAGGGUUGUAAGGUGUCAGAUUAUGGAGGCAGGUCCCUGUCAGUGCUGAGCAGCUGUACAAUGAUGACGAACCCCGACAUCCGAGAGGCCCACCUCUUGAGGGGUUGGUACGAUAAUGAAGGGCAGAACGAAGAGUUUGAGAAGUUCCAGGGAGAUGCCAGAAGUGGUGGAGCAGGUGGAACAAACUGGAUGUUGCUGCGUGACGUGAAGGGUGGAAACAUUGGGCUUGGAGAGAAACCUGAUUACUUUAAUAUCAAGGGAUUAUUGGCGGGAUUUAGAAAGGAUAACUGUUUAUACAAGGCGUGUCCCAACAAAGAUUGCAACAAGAAGGUUGUGGAUCAAGGCAAUGCAAUGUUCCGAUGUGAGAAAUGUAAUGAAGAGUUUGGAGCCUUUAAGUGGAGAAUGAUAUUGAGUGCCAAUGUUCAAGAUUGUACAGAUGACCAUUGGGUGACUUUUUUCCAAGAAACAGCCGAGGCAGUUCUGGGUAUCUCGGCGGAGCAGCUCGGUGCCUUCAAAACAGAGGAUGACACCGCAUUUGAGAAUGUGUUCCAGCAAGCUGUCUGGUCGCAAUGGACGAUGAAAGUCAGAUCAAAGGUUGAGAAGUAUAAUGAUGAAUCGCGACUGAAGUCAAUUUGUGUGAAUGUCAAUCCUGUCGAAUACCAAACGUACAACCAACAUCUUAUCGACGAGAUAGAGAAAAUGGCUGUUUGAAUAUCUGAAAAUGAUACAAACUGGACUGUCGAAUGUCAAAUUCACCCAUACAUGUAGUUGGUUUACAUCUCUCGCCAUUUCAUAUUGAAAUAAUUUCUGUAGUACCUUAACUGCAGCCUUUCAUAUACAUGUAUGUAUAACCAUCUCAAAUAGUAACCUGUACAUGUUUCGUCGAUAGUGAUGUGCUUCUGUCUCCAUGUGCAAAAAAAAGGCGAGAAUCGGUAUGCAUGAGAAUGUCAUGCGAUCACUGCUCGUUGUUAUCAUGCUAAAUAAAUUAUAUCAUUCGCA